UUUCAAUCUUUUUCAGUAUAAGUAAUCAACUCUCUAGCCACAGUUUUAUCAUCUCCUAAGUAAUCACCACUUUUUCCUUGUCUUUCUUAGGUAACAAUCUAUAUCAAGAAAAGAAAUAAGUAAAACUUUCAAAGUUUAACCAAAAACAAAGGUGAAACUCGCUAUAGUACAAUUCUCCAUUAUAUUUUUUAUUCUCACGUCAUCAUUUUGCAUAUUUUCAACCGCUGAUUCACCAUGUGGUGAAAAGUGCAAUGUGAGAUGCUCAAAGACAUCGCGACUAGAAUAUUGUCUCAGGUUUUGCAACAUAUGUUGUGAAGAGUGUAAUUAUUGUGUUCCCUCAGGCACUUUUGGAAACAGAAAUGAAUGUCCUUGCUAUCGAGAUUUAAAAAACUCCAAAGGCGGACAGAAGUGUCCUUGAUCAUGUUUUGAAAUUCAUCAUUAAAAAUAUUAGUUAAAACUAUGUUUUAUGUAUCACAUAACAUAUGUAUACUUAAAAUGCUCAAUAAAUGAAAUUUUGAGAGAUAAUUCUUUGAAAUAAAACCCAAUAAUAUCUUUUAUAUUUAAA